AUGUGCGAGCGGGCGGCGCGCCUGUGCAGGGCCGGCGCGCACAGGCUGCUCCGGGAGCCGCCGCCGCAGGGCCGGGCGCUGGGCGGGCUGCUGCGCUGGGUGGGCGCCAGGAUGGGGGAGCCCCGCGCGCCGCUGGUCCCCGACACCCCCGCUGCCGACCCUCGGCCCGGACCCCGGCCCCCUUCGCCGCACGGGGGCACCGCCGUCAUCCUGGACAUCUUCCGCCGAGCGGACAAAAAUGAUGAUGGGCGGCUGUCCUUGGAUGAGUUCCAGCUUUUCUUCGCUGACGGUGUGCUCAGCGGCCCAGAGCUGGAGGGCCUUUUCCAUGCCAUUGACUCGGACAACACCAACCAUGUGGAUACCAAAGAGCUGUGUGAUUAUUUUGUGGGCCACAUGGGAGAUUAUGAAGACGUCUUGGCUUCCCUGGAAACCUUGAACCACUCUGUCCUGAAGGCCAUGGGCUACACCAAGAAGGUGUACGAGGGUGGCAGCAGCGUGGAUCAGUUCGUGACACGCUUCUUGCUCAAGGAGACAGCCAGCCAGAUCCGGGCCCUUCUGGGUUCUGUGGAGAGUGCUGUGGAUGCCAUUGAGGAGCAGACCAGCCAGAUCCGGCAGAACCACAGCCUCCCUAGCUGCGGCACAGUGGACACCUGGUCUAGGGGCACCCCCCACCCGGAAUCUCCCAACCAUAAGCUCCCAGCCCCGGAACAAGAGAGGGGCGCGCUGCUGGGCUCAGGGGACCCCAAAGAGAAGGGCCUGGAAGCCCAGGUCAGCCGCUUGGCAGAGCUGAUCGGGCGGCUGGAGAGCAAGGCCCUCUGGUUUGACCUGCAGCAGCGGCUCUCAGACGAGGAGGGCAGUGACAUGCAUGUGCAGCUGAUCCGGCAGGAGAUGGCCGUGUGCCCCGAGCAGCUGAGCACUUUCCUGGAGUCCCUGCGGCAGUACCUACGGGCCACAGCAGGGGCGAGUGCCUGUGUCCACGUCGCCGCUGUCAGACUGUCAGACGGUUUUACCUUCGUUGUCUACGAGUUCUGGGAGACGGAGGCCGAGUGGAAGCGGCACCUUCAGAGCCCCGUGUGCAAGGGCUUCCGGCACACCAAGGUGGAUGCGCUGAGUCAGCCAGAAGAUCUGUCCCGGAUCUCUGUGCCAGCCGUCUGGUGCACCAUGGGCCAAGAUUGAACACCUAGCCAUCCCCUGCCCUGAUGACGCCGCUUUUUCUAGAACUUUGGUACCCAAGCAACCUCACCGGGGACAUGCCGGUGGCUGAGUCUGAUGAAGGGGACCCCUCCCAGGGCUAUGGGGGCUCCUGAAGGUGGCUCCCACCUCCCCCACGCAUGCCCCCUUCCCUGGUAGGAGUGCUGCUCCCUUCUGGCCAGCCCAUUUCCUGUGGGACUUGUCCACGCAGACCAAUAAACUUGGCUGCCCAUGG